AUGCCGUCCCUCGGCGGCGUCGUCGCGAACCUGAAGAGCGACGAGUGGGAGCUGCGCGUCGACGGCCUCAAGCAGCUGCAGGCCCUCGGCGAGGGCGCGACGAGCGCCGAGGGCCGCAAGGCCCUCGCGGCGUCGCUCAAGGGCGAGGGCGUCGCGGACCUCGUCACGAAGCAGCUGCGGGAUUUGAGAAGCGUCGUCGCCGCCACGGCCUGCCGCUGCGCCGCGGCCCUCGCCAAAGCGCUCGGCGCCGAGGGCACGCAGCCGCUCUGCGACGCGUGGACGAGCACGCUUCUGGCCGUCGUGAGCUCCGGCGCGCCCAAGGUCGUGCAGAAGGUCGCGCUCGAGGCGUCGCAGGCUUUGGUCGACGGCGCGGCGCCCCGGGGCAACGCGUCCCUCUUCCACCGCCUCUGCGACGCCGCGGCGACCGCGAAGGCGCCGCCCGCGCGCCGCGCGGCGUGCGACCUCGCCGCGCGCGCGCUCCGGGGCUGGGAGCCGGAGCCGGCUUUAGGCGCGGCGGGCGACGUCGUCGUCGCGCGCGCGCGCGACGCCGACGGCGCCGUGCGCAAGGCCGCGCGCGAGCUCUGGCUCGCGCUGCGCCACGCGGGGUUUCGCGAGAGCGCGGACCGGGCCGCGGAGCAGCUCGACGCCCGCGACGGCAAGGUGCCCCUCGAGCUGGCCUGGGCCGCGGAGCGCGUCCUCGACGCCGCGGCCGCGCGCGGCGACGCGGCGCGCGUCCUCGCGCUCGCGCUGCCCGACCUCGCGGACGCGGCGCCGCCCGCGGGCGCGACGCCCCGGGACGUCGCGCGCCUCGACCUCCAGCGGUCCCGCGCGCCGCUCUGCCGCGUCCUCGCGGCCUGCGCGCGCCGCGCGCCCGCGGCCGCGCUCCGCGGCGCGCUGCCCUCGGCGCUCCCGCCGCUCAGCAGCGCCGCGGGCGCGCCCGCCGCCGACGUCCGCAAGGCCGCCGUCGACGCCCUCGUCGAGCUCUACGUCGCCCUCGGCGACGCGCUCGUCCCCAAGCUCAAGCUCCACCUCCGCGACGACCAGGUCAAGCUCGUCGGCAUGUUCGUCCACAAGCGCGCCGCGACCAAGGCCGCCGCCGCCGCCGCGUAG